AUGGCUACUACAUCACCGCAAAUUCAACCAGAAAUCCUACUCGUCUCUCUGGAGAAACCCCACACAUUUGACCAUGAGUACAAGAGUCUCAUUAACCACUUCGGAAAAAUCUCAAAUCUCAGACAGGCAUGGCGAGCCGACGAAGUGUAUUGGAUCCUUUCCGAUAUUCCUCUAAAGGCGGUCAUUCUGACAGAUCGAGCACUCACAAGCAAAAAGCACGAGAAGGUCCGCGAUGCAGUACUUGAAUACGUUCGUGACGGAGGCACUGCAAUCUGCACGAGCGAUUUUGCGAAAGAUUCCAGUCCCGAGGAACUCACUGCGUUCUUCAAGCAUGCAGGGCUGUCCUGGACGUAUGGACUUGAUCAUCAUGCGACUGUUUCCCUGAACAAGACUCACGCCACCCAAGACGGAUGCUGGUUUCUGCCAGAGUCAUACACCGCAAAGACUGUUUUCUUGGAUAACGUUAUGGAUUCCGAAGCUUGGUACCGGCCAAAUGAGUGCGCUGCUAUCAAGGGAAAUGUGGGCUCGUUGGAUAAUACUGUACAUGGUCUGAACUUGACACCGGUUGCGUUGGCCAAGAUUGGAGAGGGUAAGCUGGGUUAUGUUGGUUAUUGCAAUUCGGACAAAACGUCCCUUGCAUUCGUUCUUGUUACGUGUGGGAUGCAUGUACGUCUGAGGAAAUGA